AUGAACGGAGGAAAAAUGAUUAAUAACCAAAAUAAUUUUGAAGUUGAGGAACCACGAAAAAAGUUUAGACCCUGGGAAGAUCGCGCUGAGCAAAAUGAAAAUACUGCUAGACCAAACUUAGUAGAAUCACCACCAGCACCCUACUACUUUGAUUACUGGACACAACUAGUUGAACGUACAGCGCCAUGGAUUAACCGGUAUAUGCCUUACUGUUUCUUGGCGGCAUCUUACCCGGCAACAGCCGUUUGGCAUGGCGGGGCGACGACUGUGCCCACCCCAGUCGAGCCGCAACUAUUAUCAGUUAACACACCAGCUCAGGAAGCUACCUCGCCAACACCAGAAGCUAUGGCGCCAAAAGUGUCACAGUCACGUACGAAGCGUAAACGUGAAGAAGAAGAUGAGGAUGAAGAAGAUCGCUUAAAAGCUAAGAGAGAUGAACACUUAAUGAAGAGAAUUUCCAAACUCUCACGUGAGCAAAUCGAGGAGGUAUUGCCCUAUCACCCUGAGAUGGCGCGUAAAUAUCCGCCUAAAGAGCGAACCCCAGCUGAACAGCGCAGACGCGAUAAGAACACAGAAGCUUGCCGUAUGAGUCGACGACGCAAGAAGCUUAUGGAAAUCAUGAAAGAAUUCCCCGGCGCUUGUGGAAUGUAG